GUCGAAGUUGUAGCGAAGUUUUGGAGCCAAGCAGCCCCGGAAGUCCUACAAGUCGCUACCCAAGAAGGUUACUCAUCGCAAGCGAAAACCCCAAGUAAUAUAUACUUAGUAAGAUGCGGCUUUUCCUAAUUGGCCUGCUGGCCCUGGGUUCGGCGAGGGCCUUCUCCGUGAUCCGCACGAGUCAGCCGCAUGCGCAACUGGUGGCCUAUUCCCCGGCCAGAGGCGAGUUCCCCGUGGUCAGUGGUUUGGCCCAGGGAUACGUUCGCUACUACGAUGGAACGGGGGCAGAAAGGCUACUGCCCUACAACUACCCGGAGCCGCUGAACGGCAUCCGGGAUCUGUCCACCUCUAGUCUAAUCCGUUCGGGACUCCAGGAGCAGCAGCAGGAGAGCCAACAGAUUGCCCUGUUCCGCGCCUGGUGCGAGCAGCGCUACCAGGCCAUGCGUCUCGAACUGGAUCGCCUGAAGGAGCAGGGACUGAAGCCCACGCCCCAGUUGCUGGCCCAGUUUGAACCCCUGGAACAGAUUGUCAAGUUCGCCGCCUUUGAAGCCGUUCCCGGAUUGACUCCCGAGGUCCAGCGUGCCCGCGAUGAGCAGCUGCGGAUCUGGAACGAGGCCAGGCUGGAGGUCCUACGCGCCGAACAGGCUCAGCAGCUGCUAGGUCAGUCCAUGGAGUACCAGUACCAGUUGAAGAAGGAGGAGAAGAUGCCGCUGGAGCAGCCAGUUCUGGUGAAAACAUCUACCCCCCAGGUGGUUAGCCGCAUUGAUACCCCGCAGACCCACUCCUACGGACAGUUUGCUUCCAGUCAGGACAACCUGCUGCUCAAGACGGCCACGCAAACUGCUCCUCAGCCCGUGGAGGAAACCGCCGAGGUGAAACUGGCCCGCCAGGAGCAUCUUAAGCAAUUCAACGAGGCUCUGCUCCGUCAGCCUGCCCAGGAAACCGCCAUCCUGAAGACCGUUCCCGGCAUUCAGCAGCCAUUUACCCAGCCCAUUGUCAAGAGCACUACCACUACCACCUACGAAUCCCAGCCAGCACAAAUCCAGGGCAUCUUCCAGACCAACAGCUACCCAGAUCAGCAGCCUCUGCCCAUUGAGGAAACGCCGGAGGUGAAAAGAGCUCGCGAGGAGCACCUCAAGUUAUUCAACGAAGCGCUGCUUCGUCAGCCUGCUGCUUCCGAGGAACCCAUCCUGAAGACCACGCCCAUUCAGCAGGCCAUCAUCACCUUCCCCGAUCAACAGCCCAUCCAGGAAACACCAGAGGUCAAGUUGGCGAGGGAGGAGCACCAAAAGCUGUAUAACGAGGCCAUUCUCCGCCAGCCCAUUGAAGUGCAGCAGCAGCCCCUGCUGUCCGCUCCUCAGGCAAUCUUCAAGAGCCCCAUUGCCGAACCCCAGGCACCGCAGCCCAUCCAGGACACCCCCGAGGUCAAGUUGGCCCGCGAACAGCACCUCCUCCUCCUGAGCCAGGCCAAAAUCAAGGCCGAGGACAAGGUGGCCGACAUUGCGGACAUGAUUCUCCUGGAGGAGCGUGAGCGGGACAGGGAACGUCUGAUGGAGCUGGAGAUGCGCAAGCAGGAGGAGAAGGAGGCCGAAAAGGAGCGCCAGUUGGAGGCGGAUCGUCUGCGCGAGGAGACGCGCCUCCUGGAGGCCGAGCGCCUGAAGAUCGAGCAGGAGGAUCGCCUGCGCCUGGAGAGCGAGAAGCAGGAGCAGCUCCAGCUGAAGGCCACCCAGAUAACUAGCUUCCAGAAGGACACUCCCGAGUAUCUGCGCAAGGCGGAGCAGUUCAAGAUCAUCAACAACCAGGUGCAGCCUCAGCCAAGCAUUGUGACCCAGCAGCAGCAGGUGCAGAAUGGCUUCUUCCUGCGCAUCCAGACCAAUCAGCCGGUCGAGCAGCCAGCCAAUCCCUUCCUGGUGCGCUACACCACCAAACCGGCGGAGAUUCAGGUGCCCCUGCAGACGCUAGUGCCACUGAAGCAGCCCCUGCUUCAGCCUCUCUCCCCUGCCAUCCCGAACUCCCAACUGAAAGCCGGCUACAGCUCAUCCAAAUCCUCCAGCGAACUGGACAAGGCCACCAGGGAGCACUUCCGUGCCCAUGAGAUCGCUCUGGAGCAGCUGCGCCUGGCCAACCUGAAGAACCCCUGGACCCCCGACUGCCAGCACUAGGAAACUAAACCGGGAAACCUCCGAAUUGGAAUUGAAAUCACUUGCAUUGCCUUAGGUUAGAUCACACACAACUCACGUACACCCAUAACCCACCCAUAUCACUCAUACGCAUACUCGUACACCUGUAUACAUA